AUGUCUCCCAAUAACGACGACACUACGAGCGACGAUCACGAACACGCGACCCAACACCAAAAUGGCUACGCGCGAAACCUCAAUGGCCACCACGUCGAUGUCGAAUUGGGUGCCGAUGCCCGCAAAAAGGCAUUUCCAGGCGAUCAAGAGCCUCCACUACGUCUAAAAGAUCGCGUCGUGCGAGUGACCUGGCAAUGGUUUCCCUGCACAAUGUCAACAGGUGGUCUGGCCAAUCUGUUAGGCGAGCAGCCGUACACCUUUACUGGGCUACAGACAAUUGGCAAGGUUGUCUUCAUUCUAAAUCUUGUUCUAUUCGUAACAUUUACCUGCUUGAUGAUCGCGCGCUUCUGCAUCAAACCACGAGCCUUUGCGACAAGUCUGCAUCAUCCAUCCGAGUCAUUCUUUUUCGGUUCAUUUUGGGUUUCAAUUGCCCUGAUCCUCAAUGGCGCGCAAUCUUAUGGAGGUCCUGCUACGGGAGAAUGGUUCGUCACCGCGAUGAGAGUAAUUUUCUGGAUAUACUACGCUUGUGAGAUGAUUGUCGCUGUAUCUCAGUACCAUAUAAUUUUUGAGACUGAGAGACUGGACAUUUCUGAGGCUCUACCUGCUUGGAUCCUUCCCGCUUAUCCAUUCUUGGUCACUGGUAUUUUGGCUGCCAAGAUAGCGGGCAGUCAGCCUCAGUGGAGCGCAAUCCAGAUCAUUGUCGCAGGCCUCAUGGGACAAGGACUUGGUUGGAUGCUCGCACUUUUUAUCUACGCUGUGUAUUUGUCGCGUCUGAUCCAGCAUCAAUUACCGGCUCCAUCCAAGAGGCCGGGUAUGUUCAUCGCUGUUGGACCUACAGCGUUCACAUGCGCUGGACUCAUCGCACUCGGAACACAAGCCAAGUCCUCUUUGCCAGAUGACUUCCUCGGCAGUUUAAGCUUUCCUAUCGGAGAACUCUGGUAUGGAAUGUCUGUCCCUGUAGGCCUUUUCAUCUGGCUCAUGGCCAUAUGGUUCUCCGCUCUUUCGACUCUGUCAGUUCUCCGAGGUGUCCGCAGCAUGGAAUUUAGUCUGACAUGGUGGGCACUUAUUUUCCCCAACGUUGGACUUGCUCUUGCGACUAUCAACGUGGGAAAGAACCUUAAUUCGCGAGGCAUCCAGGCAUUUGCCUCAGCUUUGACUAUUGUUCUUGUUGCUCUGUGGUUUGUCUGCGCGGCUGCUCAUAUCAGAGCUAUUCUUAGGAGAGAUUUGCUUGCCGUUGGAAAAGACAUGGAUGUGGAGCAUGUCAACAAGCAACACGACAAGAAGCAAGCGAAAAGAAGAUCGAAGUCACAUUGA